CCUAUAGAGAGGAUCCGCCGUGCGGAGACAUCAGUAGGCAUCGGCACCGUCCGGAUAGGAAACCCGAUUCAACUCCAGCGCUACAAGGACUGCUACUUUCUUUGUCAUGCUGAAGCCCUGCAUGCAAGCAACAAUACCAGUAAAUAAUAAGCCGAAAUGAUUCCGUACAUGAUGCUUCAUUAGUGUCAUUAUUGUUAUUCUUGUUAUUGCAUGGCGAAAGAGCGGAGAGAUGGCUUGGCACAGCUGACCGUGCGGCGAUUGUGCGGAGUUGGCAAUUAUAAAUGGUUUUGUCGAAGAUCUGAUGUUUGGCAGUAAUUUGAAGAAACGCGCAGAUGAAGAAAAGCGUCUAGUCUUCUUAGGUUUAGAGUAAGCAGCUUCCUGAUCUGUUGGUGAUCUGUGCCCGGUUCUCCAGGGGUGCACACUGAAAGCUUCGGUAUUUCUCAUAAACAGGAGCAAAAAGCGAAACCGUGCAGUAUAGAUAAUGGUGUGGCAGAUUGCUCUGGGCUGAUCAUGCUUUAAUCCACCAUGCCCUGCAACCUCCGAGUUGUUCUUCACCAGCCAGUUUAUCCAUAGUCUGCGUGGAAGGCAGCAUCACACCAUCACCGCGGACGGCUCGAGGCGGAUAUCCGAAAGGACAUAUCGCCGAAACCAAAGAGCUGAUGUCAGGCUUUUAACGCAUCUGUCUCCCGUCCCCGGCUCGCUCCCUCCAUGGGCACCGCGCCACGCAUUUGAAUGACCUUCCCGGUCUCAUGGCUGUGGCACGGAGAAUAAAAACUUUGCUGACCGUCAACAUCUUCGUCUUCGUGGGGAUCAUAUUGUUCUCGGUGUACUGCAGGAUCCAGGAGCGCUCGGAGGAGCUGGUUCAGUUCGGAAGGAGCGCGGAGCAAAGACUUCGCGGCAGGAAUGGCAAAGUCACCAACCUGGUCGACAAGCAGGCUAUACUUCAGAGACUGGAGCACCUAGAAGAUGUAGUGUACAAUCAGUUAAACGGUCUCGCCAAACCGAUGGGACUGGUGGAGGGUCCUGGGGGGCUGGGACAGGGGGGCGUGGCCGCCAGCCUCCGUGACCACGCCCACGAGGCGGAGGGCGGGAAGUAUGAGGAGUACGGCUACAACGCCCAGCUGAGCGACCGCAUCUCAUUGGACAGGGUCAUCCCAGACUACAGGCCCAAACGCUGCAAGCAGAUGGUCUACCCAGAUGCCCUUCCGCAGAUCUCCGUGGUGUUCAUCUUUGUGAAUGAGGCCCUCUCGGUCAUCUUGCGGUCGGUCCACAGUGUGGUCAACCGCACCCCCGCCCACCUGUUGAAGGAAAUCAUCCUGGUGGACGACAACAGUGACAGCGUGGAGCUCAAGCUGAACCUGGAUCAGUAUGUGAACAAGCGGUACCCAGGGCUGGUGAAGGUCGUGCGGAACGGCAGGCGAGAGGGGCUGAUCCGGGCCCGGAUCCUGGGCUGGCGGGCUGCCACCGCGCCGGUCGUUGGCUUCUUUGAUGCUCACGUGGAGUUCAACGUUGGCUGGGUGGAGCCAAUCUUGACCAGAGUGAAGGAGGACCGCACACGCAUCAUCCUCCCUGCCAUUGACAACAUCAAAUACAACACCUUUGAGGUGCAGCAGUAUGCCAACGCCGCGCACGGCUACAGCUGGGGCCUCUGGUGCAUGUACAUCAGCCCUCCACAGGCUUGGCUGGACAAGGGAGACGAGAGCGCCCCCAUCAGGACUCCAGCCAUGAUUGGCUGCUCCUUCGUGGUUGACAGAGAGUACUUUGAGGAGAUUGGGCUUCUUGACCCAGGCAUGGAGGUCUACGGAGGAGAAAACAUUGAGCUGGGCAUGAGGGUGUGGCAGUGUGGAGGCAGCAUGGAGGUGUUGCCCUGUGCCCGGGUGGCACACAUCGAGCGCACCAAGAAGCCCUACAACAAUGAUAUUGACUACUAUGCGAAGCGGAAUGCCCUGCGGGCUGCAGAGGUCUGGAUGGAUGAGUUCAAGACCCACGUCUACAUGGCCUGGAACAUCCCCAUCAAUAGUCCCGGAGUCGAUUUCGGCGACGUGUCGGACAGGGUGUCCCUGCGGAAGAAGCUCCGCUGCCGGAGUUUCCGCUGGUAUCUGGAGCACGUCUAUCCUGAGAUGCGUAUCUACAAUGACACCAUCACCUACGGCGAGGUACGUAACAGCAAGGCCAGUGGGUAUUGCCUGGAUCAAGGGUCUGAAGAUGACAACAAGGCUAUCCUUUACCCUUGCCACGGCAUGUCCUCCCAGCUUGCCCGCUACUCCACCCAGGGUCUCCUGCAGCUGGGUCCUCUGGGGUCCACCACCUUCCUCCCGGACACCAAGUGCCUUGUGGACGAGGGCCGGGGCCGGACGCCUUUGUUAAAGCGGUGCGACAAUGUCACACGACCGUCCCAGAGGUUUUGGGACUUCACACAGAACGGGCCCAUCAUUAGCCGGGACACGGGCCGCUGCCUGGAGGUCGAGAUGUCCAAGGAAGCCAACUUUGGCCUGAGGUUGGUGGUCCAGAGAUGCUCGGGACAGAAGUGGACAAUACGGAACUGGAUUAGGCAUCCCCGGCACUAGAGGGCGCCAUGGAGACAUCUUUGUGAGGUGAAGGGAGCCUGCUUGGACCCCCCCCACCUUGAGCAGUGAUGCCCCUGGGGGCCUCUGCUUGCAUUCUGCGUUCUACACUGAACCUACACUGAACCUUGAACAAUUCAGGUUCUUAAUGGAUCCAAGGACAACAGAUGUUCACAGCAAGCAAGCGUCUGAGAUGCACAUUCCCUAAAAAGGCCACCCUCUGGAGAACCUGCUCUGUUCAGAAACUCAGACAGCUUCUUCUAGACUAAAGACAGACCUCCAUGUUGUUUUCUGAGACCUUCGCAAAUCUUGAGAGAUUUAUGCGUCUUCUGACUGUGAAUGGACACCAUGGCGACCUCAUCUCUGAAUCCUUGCGAAGGGAUGAGAACCACCUUUGUCUACUUUUGUUUGAACUCAUACGCAGCUGGUUUCUUUUAAUGUGCCUGUUGCCAUUUCGAUUUGUUUCAUCGGGCUUAGAACUCCGAACAACACAAGCAUGCCCUGGAAUUACUGAAGACAGUUUGAAAAUCUGACACAGUAGUGAUGCAUAAGUUGUCCAAAAUAGGCUGAAAUCUGAAAAAAAGAAACUGUGAUUGUCACAAUAAAAUAUUUUUAGCCGAGCGCCCUCGAUGUUACUAUAAGCAAGUGGCCGCAUCACUCUGUGAUGGCAAAAAUGGGAAUAUCGUAACAUUUCCUCAUUACUUCCAGCUAUUAUUAAUUCCCUGAUUAUUUCCCCCAGAAUUUAUUGAUCAACUGAUUGAUUUAAUUAUUUCAGCUGAGUUAUAUUGAAAUCAGGGUGCGUGUUGCCUGUUUGGUCAGAAAGAAGCCAUUUGCCCUUUUUCAGAAUGACCCACAGCCUCAAUAUGGUGGGCUUGUGCUUCGUAUCAUUAUUUUGGAUAAAUCUACCAUUAUUUUAAGUGAGCUGUAAUAACGCAUCAAAUGGCCAUGAUGGUGAGAUGCAAACUUACAUUUUCUAUGUAUUUCCGGAAUAUUUUGCUCUCCAGCGGUGUUGGGCUGUCUGUGUUCGAACACUGAUACCUAAACGCCACAUGGGGUGUCCUGUCAAGGGGGAGCACUGGGUCUAGUGUAGCUAUUUGGUGCUCCAGCAAUCCCUGUUUAUACAGCUUACGAGCUUCUCUGUCUCUACCGCUGUCCACCCACGGGUUCAUGGGGCCUGACAGGCGUGCGUCCGGCUUGUUUGUUUAUUUCUGUUCUAUUUUAAUCCUUCUCCUGGCUUCCUCUUUGCUUGGCCUGUCGGAUGAACACAGCCAGCAGGCCACGCCUCCGUCAGCGGGCGUAUAAUGUCUGACCACCACUCCCACCUGAAGGUCUUCCUACCGGCCUUGUUUCCGGCCUGCUGAGAUCCACACUUCCUCCACCCACCUCGCUGUACCGCUGAGAUAUUUACCGCUGGUUGUUUAGUCACUUCACCACAGUGUUUCUCGAAACAGAACGGGAAAUGGAACACGGGCAGCAGCAGCACGGCCCUGUACAGGCGUAGGGGAUAUUGACGUUUACUGCAGUCCGGCAGGUUAUUUCAUAUCCGAACCGGAAAUAUCUGUUGACGUGGAAAAGGCAGGAGGUCACAACGGUUUUAGCUCAAGCGUAGCUAAUGAAUCGUCAGCGGUGUUACUCGCUACACGGUUAGAGUGAGUCUCCGCUCCUGGAAAUCUGGGUACAAACCCUGCAAUAUCCUGGGCCACUGAAGGACGGGAGCAGCAGGGCUGGUGGUUCUGCGUCAUGUGACGGGGACAGAAAGUAGUGGGAGGUGGUUCUGAGACACAGAUGGAUUCUGCCAGCUACCACCAGCAGGCAGUCCGGAUGUAAUGCGAGUUGUUCUGAUACACUUCAUUUUUUUUAUUUGCUGGGGUGAAGAACAUUAACCAGAGUGUGAGUGUUACUGCUUUGGGCCUCCGACGGCCGGCGACUGUAGGACCAGAACGUGGUCGCGUGCCUGUGGUGGAGCAGCGUUGGGCGGCCCUGAGAGAGCUGCCGCAAAAGGGAAGCAAGGCUGUGGGGAAGACAAACAGUUCGGGACGGGGAUGUUCUCUCCAGGAGGAAGGACAACGCCCUCAAAGGGGCUCAGGGGCCGGCCGCCAAAGCCGCCGUUUUUCCACUUUAACCUGUAGCCGCUUUGACCAAAUGACCAAGAAAUGUAAUUCUUGGUGGAAGCCGGGUAGACAAACCGACCCUGGCUUUCUAUUCCAAGCUUUCUGUUUCAGAAAAUCUGUUUUUGUCAAAACACCGAGGGAAAAAUGUGGGGCUGUGUGAGACCAACGCAGGUCUGUUUAGUCAAACAAGUCCCCUUUAUACGGGCAGCUAGUUGUGUCUGAUGUGAAAACUUCCGCUCAUUAGCCUGCCUGUCAAAAAAUGCGGAAAUUGAGUCUUUAUCAGCCCUGAUAAAUAUUAAGAAACCAUUUCUCCAGGCUGUAAAAGGCUAGGAAGGCUAAAGUAAUGUCUUACAGUGAUACAGUAAUAAACACUGGUCAAUUGAUGCC